CAAAAUAAAAUGGAAAUAAAAUCAUAAUUAAUUCUGACGCUCCGACAUAUACAUAUAUGUGGGAGGGAGGGGAACCUCAUGGAACCGAGACCAAGACCCUGGCGUGGAGUCUGGGCGUUCAGUACCGAUGACGAAGACGAGUUUCCAUUUUGAAAAAUUCGAACCAGUACCAAUCCCACGAAAGAUGUACGGCAAAUUCUACAACGGGGACUCCUACAUUGUUCUAAAGACAAGUGGUGACAGCUCUUCGACCCUUUCCUACGACAUCCAUUUCUGGCUGGGAUCCCAAUCCACCCAGGACGAGAAGGGCGCGGCGGCUAUAUUGACAAUAACGCUGGACGACAAAUUAGGAGGCAAGGCCGUCCAUCACAGAGAAGUCCAGGGACACGAGACUAGCAAAUUCAUGCGUUACUUUCAGCCAGCCAUCAGGUACCUGGAGGGCGGCAACGACUCUGGUUUUAAUGAGGUGGAAACAAAUGCUGGGGCUGAAAAACGUCUGCUGAAGCUGUCAGGCUGUGAAAACAUGAGAAUCGAAGAGGUACCACCAGAAGCUUCAUCACUAACACAAGACCACUGCUUCAUCCUGGAAGUGGAUCACGACAUAUUCGUGCUGCUGCCAGACGGUGCGAAGGCGACGCAAAGACGAAAGAUCAUCAGCGUGGCCAACACAUUGCGUGAUGAUUACCACAACGGAAGAGCCAGCAUCGAAAUCAUUGAUGAAUUCUCCUCCGACGAUGACUAUUCGGCGUUCUUCGAAGCUCUUGGAGACGGAUGCAAAGAUGAUCUGGUUGCUGAUGAAAGCUCUGAUACAUAUUCCCGCUCUAGCGUUUCGGCGGUGUACUUAUACAAAGUGCUACUGGGAGAUGAAAUAGAUCUUCUAGAGAUCAACAAACCGUUCAAGCAGAGCCAAUUGACGUCAGAGGACAUAUUCAUCUUAGAUACUCCAUGUUCUGGAAUUUACAUCUGGCUCGGUAAAGACCUGGAUCCAGAUGUCAGGAAGACUUACAACGAUAUCGCCCAGCAAUACUUGGAUAUCAAGGGCUAUCCGUCUUGGGUUCCCAUAACCCGGGUGUCAGAAGACAUGGAGAGCAGCGUGUUCAAGCAAUACUUCCAUAGAUGGGACACCGCCACCACCACCAUCAGAUCUGUCAAAGAUAUCGCAGCUGAGAUUGAUGCCGGCUACUUCUCUGGAGACGCGGAUGACGUUGAAGCCGUCGCUCGCUACAUCGGGAAGAGUGCUGUCGCGAGGGGUUACAUGCCAGGCGGAGAUGGCGUCUUCACUCUGUACAGAGCUGGAGAGGAGCCCGAAGACAUAACAGACCAGGAGACGGCUAAGCUGUACACCAGCGAGGUGUACGUUGCCAAAUAUCAGUACAAGAAUGAUAAUGACGAAGACCUCACCGUCGCUUACCUCUGGCUUGGUAAGGACGCGAGCAGCGACGACAUAGAAGCAGGGAUUCAUCUCUUAGAUUCAAUUGAAGAAGAAUCUGAAGGUCCGGUUAUUCACGUGAAGCUGCCUCAAGGAAAAGAGAAUAAGCACUUCCUGACCUUAUUUAAGGGAAAUCUCAUUAUUCUCUGUGGUGAUAAGGAAAAUGAGUACAAGUGCCAGAACUUCAGUGGCAGCUACGAUGACGACGGGAUUAGAUUGUUUAAGGUUGAGGGUACGAAGCUUGGUGAAGACAUGAGAGCGAUGCAAGUUGAGGAGAGGUCAGAUAAUUUGGAGAUCGACGAUGUCUUCAUAUUGGAGACUCCAGACGUGGUGUAUUUAUGGAAUGGAAAGGACUCGUCCGAGAAAGAGCAAGAGGCUGCGAAGAAUUUCGCCUCCCUUCUGUUUGAAGAAAAGGAAGUAACUGAAGUGAACCAGGGAGACGAACCUGACGAAUUCUGGGAGGUGUUAGGAGGGGCUCCCGAGGAAAAGGAUUCUUCGUGGAAGCAGGCCGCGAGCCGCAGAGCGAACGUUCCUCCGUCACUUAGCUCCGUCACACUGAGGGCCAAUGGGAAAUUACGAUUUGAGGAGCUGGAGGAGUUCAGUCAGACGGACCUGUCCGAUGACGGAGCCUUCAUCCUCGACACGGGAGAGGAACUCUAUCUAUGGCUGGGCAAAAACACGCCACAGCGUGUGAAGCAAGCUCGCCUCAAGAUUAUUACGGAUUAUAUCGAAGAUGACGGCCUGGAGAGGACAGCGGAAUCCGCUGUGGUGGUGACGCUCAGGCAGGGCGGAGAGCCUCAAACCUUCAAAAAUCUAUUUACAGAAUGGGACGACGAGUACUUUGAGAAGCAAACGUCGUACGAAGACAUGAAGAACGAAACGAAAGCGGCAAAUUCAAAAUAAAACACUGUUUCAGGAAGCUACUUAUUUAUUAUAUUUGUAUAUCAAUUUAAGUAAAGCAUUAUUUAU